UUGUCUGUUUCAAACCACCGGAAGAGGCACAACUAUUCCACAGACGUGAAAUAAGGACGUAGGAAUCUACUCUCUGUUCGACAAAAGGGUUAAACAGCUGAGCUCAGCAUGAAAGGAACCGCCAAAAGCAAGGUGUUGACAUCAGGGAGACUGACAGGAGGAGUCAGAGGACAGAUCUACAGGAGACGAGGGACUCCUGAUCCAGGAGCGGCCGCCUGUCCUGAACCGGCCUACUCUCUGUACUCCACAUCCACAGAGUCUGAAGAACAGGUCUCUUCUCUCCACAAGGGUCUGGACCGCUGUGCUGCCUUGAUCACUAACAUCCUCCAGGUGGAGAAGGCAGACCCCCCCAUGGCAGCGAAGGGUGGAUCACCAUGUAGCUCACUCAGGAAGAGAACUAUCAAAAACACAAAGAAAGAUCACAGGGGGCGUCAGCCUGGACCAGGCUUCAAAGCUCAACGUCCUGUUAGAAAACCAUCUACUGAUCCACCUCAGACCUCCACCCAUCCACCUCAAACCUCCAACCAAUUACCUCAGACUUCUUGCCCUCGAUCUCAUGCCUCCAUCCCUCCAUCUCAGACCUCCACCCAUCCACCUUCGACCUCCAUCUGUCCAUCACAGACCUCCAACCACCCACCUCAGACCUCCAUCCCUCCAUGCCAGACCUCCAUCUGUCCAUCACAGACCUCCAACCACCCACCUCAGACCUCCAUCCCUCCAUGCCAGACCUCCAUCUGUCCAUCUCAGACCUCCAACCAUAUAUCUGAGCCACAGCCCCUCUUCCAUCUACCUGGGAAACAGACCUCCAAUCAACGAUCGCAGUCCUCGAUCCAUCUUUUCCGGACGUCCGUCCAUCCAUCUCAGCCCUCAAUCCAUCCACCCCCGGACCUCCCUCCAUCCAUCUCCCACACACACUGCAAGGUAGAUUGGGAUAGAGUAGAGGGGGAGGUUGUUCCUGUAAGAGACAUCAGUGUCCAAAGCUGUCCAAAGAAGUCAGACAUGCGGCUGGAGCUUGGACAGGUUGACAGAGUCCUGUUGGACACACCCAGUGGGAGGGACUGCACAGGAGAGACAGAUGAGAAAGUGAAGACGGUUCAGUACUUGCUGGGAGAACUGAAGGCUCUGAUCGCUGGACAAGGCAGUGUAGCAGAGAGGCUGCUCACUCAUCUGGAGCAGACCGUGUCUUCACCGAUGAUGGAUGCUGGGAGUUCAAACAUAUGGACCGAACCAGAACGAGUGUCCCUUCACAGCCAGAACAAUCUGCUCCGCAGGCGAGUGCGGUUUCUUAACCAGCAGUUGAAGCAGAGGGAGAGAGCAGAGUCUCAUCAGAACCAGGAGAUGUUGUAUAACCCAGAAGUGUGGACUUUGCAGGAGGAGCUCAGCACUGCUCAGUCACAACUGCAAGAAGUCCAGGACGACCUCACAGAGCUACGGAAAGCCCUGGAGGAAACACAGAGCCAGCUGACAGACCGAGAGGCAGAGAAGGCCCUCAUCCAGACAGAAUUGGAGGCCACCCGAAGCAGGUUGCUGGACAGUGAGCGAGAGAGGAGUGAGUUGGCUUCACUUGCCCAGCACAGACUGGAAGACAUAGGAAACCUAAACAGGAUUCUCCAGGAUCCCCCUUCAUCUUCGCUGUCAGACACCAGACACCUCUUCAACCAGCGCAGGCCAGAGUAUGAUCGCGUCCCCCAAUACCUGAUGUCUCUGGGCCAGCUGGAGCCCACCCCCUCUGAGCAUGUGUCUGCCGAGAGAGAAGGAAUCCCAGCACCACACCGUGAGGGAGGAGGCCGAGCGGCUCAUGCAACCCCCCCUUUUCAGAGCUGCCAUGAGGACCAAUCACAUGGUUCUGAUGGGAAGCAGCAGCAGGCCCCGUCCCGCUGCGAUGUGGAGUCACUGUAUUCUGACUGUAGCUCCAGCUCGGGCUCCACCUUCAACACCAAAGACGAGGUGGCGUUUCGAGCCGGCCUGGAGGCUCUGGAUGCCAGCAUAGCUAGUCUGCAGAGGACUAUUCAGCUGGACACGAGGAGGUGAAGCACUCAGCUCUGAUGUUUUUAUCAAAUAUGUUGUCAUAUGAUGGUUGUAAGUGAAAUAAAGCGUUUUGUAAUCUGUUUUUCAUUUUCCUGAACUGUAAAUGCAAUAACAAGUUCUUUGUUUUGUAA